AUGAAACUGGUUCGUUUUUUGAUGAAACUUGCUCAUGAAACGGUAACAAUUGAACUGAAAAAUGGAACUACAGUAGAAGGUACAAUAAAUGGUGUGGAUGUUGCGAUGAAUAUGCAUUUAAGAGCAGUUAAAGUACGACAUCGAAACGGUGAGGCUGUUUCUCUCGACACAUUAUCAGUAAGAGGAAAUAAUAUUCGCCAAAUUAGAUUGCCGGAUUCGAUAGCACUGGAUACACUUCUUGUGGAUGAUGAACCUCGUAAGAAAGCAGCUCGAGGUGGGCGUGGACGAGCUGUUGGUAGAGGAGGUCCACGUGGACGUAGCCGUGGUAGAGGAGGUCCACGUGGUAGAGGCGCAUUCCGUACACGUUAA